AUGGCAUACAAUCGCCAAAGCACGGUCAGAUCUGAGAGAAGGGGCUUCAGUACUUCUUCGGCCAUUCUUCCAGCAGCAGGUGCCAGCUUCAGCUCUGCCUCCGUAACUCGGUCUGGAGCAGGAGGUGGAGGCUAUGCGCGUUCAGGCAGUGGCGGGUAUGGCAGCAGAAGUAUGUACAAUCUAGCAGGGAGUAGAAAAAUCUCACUUGGAGGUGGCAGCAGCCUGCGAUACGGAUCUGGUGGAGGAGCUGGUGCUGGGUUUGGUGGUGGUGCUGGGUAUGGGUUUGGUGGAGGCGCUGGGUUUGGUGGAGGAGCAGGUGCUGGAUUUGGUUCUGGUGGCGGGUAUGGAGUAGGCGGAGGAUCUUUUGGGAUGGGUGGAGGUCCGGGGUUCCCCGUUUGCCCACCUGGUGGUAUCAAAGAGGUCACCAUCAACCAGAGCCUCCUUUCCCCACUCAACCUGGAAAUUGACCCCACCAUCCAGAGGGUGCGAACAGAAGAAAGGGAGCAGAUCAAGACCCUCAACAACAAAUUCGCCUCUUUCAUUGAUAAGGUGCGAUUCCUAGAGCAACAAAAUAAAGUUUUGGAUACUAAAUGGCAACUGUUGCAAGAGCAGGGUCAUAAAACCACCAAGAGUAACGUUGAACCCAUGUUUGAAACUUACAUUAACAACUUACGGAGGCAGAUUGAUGCUUUGGGGAAUGAAAGACAUAGGCUGGAUGCAGAUCUGAGAAACAUGCAGGACAUGGUGGAAGACUUCAAGAACAAGUAUGAAGAUGAAAUCAACAAGCGCACUGCUGCUGAAAAUGACUUUGUUAUGCUCAAGAAGGACGUGGAUGCUGCCUUCAUGAACAAGGAGGAGCUGGACAGCAAAGUGGUUUCUCUGAAUGAAGAGCUCAAUUUCCUUAGAGCUGUCUACGAAGAGGAACUCCGUCAGAUGCAGACCCAGAUUUCAGACACCUCUGUCAUUCUCUCCAUGGACAACAACCGACACUUGAACCUGGACAGCAUCAUUGCUGAGGUCAAGGCUCAGUAUGAACACAUUGCUAACACUAGCCGCAUCGAAGCAGAGACCUGGUACCAAACCAAGUAUGAGGAGCUACAGUCCUCAGCAGGCAGACAUGGAGAUGAUUUACGGAGCACCAAGGCCGAGAUUUCGGAGCUGAACCGUAUGAUACAGAGACUGAGAUCAGAAAUUGAUAAUGUGAAGAAACAGUGUGAAAAAUUACAGCAUGCCAUCAGCGAGGCUGAGGAGCGAGGAGAGCUUGCUCUGAAAGAUGCUAGGAAAAAACUAGCUGACCUGGAGGCAGCCCUGCAGAAGGCCAAGGAGGACAUGGCUCAUCAACUGCGUGAUUACCAGGAAUUGAUGAACGUGAAGCUGGCUCUGGAUCUAGAGAUUGCAACCUACAGAAAGCUCCUGGAAGGAGAGGAAAACAGGUUUGCAGGAGAAGGAGUUGGCCAUGUAAACAUCUCCGUGGUUAGCUCUAGCAGUGGAUAUGGAGUAGGUGGAGGACUAGGAGGUGGACAUGGACAAGGCUUCGGAGGUGGACAAGGCGCUGGGCACGGCUUUGGAGGAGGUCAUGGAGGUGGAGACUUCAGCUCUGGAAGUGGAAGAAUUGGAGGAGGAGGAUUCAGUUCUGGAGGCGGCGGAGGCUCAAGUGUCAAAAUUGUAUCAACAACCUCGUCUCAAAGAUCCAGAAAGUAUUAA